GGUGGCCUCGAAGAGGUACGCAGCGAUAUUGAUUCAGUAAUAUCGUUAGCUUUGGAUCAUGCUAAACGUGAAGUUGAUGAAAUUUGCGCUAAAUUGCAAAUAUCGAAAGAUCCAAACACUUGGUCAGCGACUCAAGUACAUUCUUGGCUACGAUCCACCAUUGCUCAAUACAAAUUGCAACAGAUCGAUAAUUUGGAAACGAUAUUCAUUGAAAACGGUUCGGCCUUGGUAUUACUCAGCGAAGAAGAAUUUAUGCGCAGAGUGCCAGAGGGUGGUAGUACCUUACAUGCGAAAUUGGAAAUAUGGAAAUUAGCCUACUUAGAUAGCUAUCAGAACAAUAUCUUACCACAACAACAACAACAAGUACAUCAUCAACAACAUCAGUUACCACUUCAACAACAGUUACAGUUACAGUCCACAGAGAAUAACAGUGUAAUUGGCUCAACGCAAUUAUUACAAUCAAAUAUUUGGAAUAUGGAUUACAAUAUGAAUAUUGAUGAAGAAAGCGAAGAUGAAGAUGAAAUUAUUCCAACUACCAGCAAUGGAUUGCAAAUGCCAACAACGACUAACAGUGGCACAACAGCAACAACUACAACAACAGGAACAACAGAAACGAAACGUAGUGGUGUGGUUGGUGGUCGCAGUGGCGGUUCACAUAUACAUUUAUGGCAAUUUUUAAAAGAAUUACUCUCUGAGCCACAUAUCAAUGGUACUGCUAUACGUUGGAUAGAUCGCAGUAAGGGCAUUUUCAAAAUUGAAGAUUCAGUACGUGUAGCAAAAUUAUGGGGUAGACGCAAAAAUCGGCCAGCUAUGAAUUAUGAUAAACUUUCACGUUCCAUACGACAAUACUAUAAGAAAGGUAUCAUGAAGAAAACGGAAAGGUCACAGCGAUUGGUAUAUCAAUUUUGUCAUCCUUAUCACUUGCAAUAGAAACAAGGAAGAGUAAAUGAUAAAAAGAAUAUAAUUAUUUAUUUAUUUAUUUAUUGAAUUA